CAUGAUGUCUUAAAAACCAAAAGCCAAAAGUCAUCGCCUUUGUCCUGAGAUGAGGAAGUAGAAUCGCUGACAUGGCCGGAUCCGCCACCACCACCGAAUUCCGGUGGAAACCACCGCCACAACCUCAGCCUCCGACACAACAACAUCAAAACAUCUCCGAUUCAGAUUCCGAUUCGGGAUCUGACUCAGACAACAACCACCAGCAGAACCGCCACAACGAUCUAUCCAACUCCAUCUUCAAAGCCUACCUCGAUUGCCACUCAUCCUCAUCUCCCUCCUCCCUCGACCUCUCCAAGAUCCAAUCUUUCCUCGCCUCCUCCUCCUCCGGCGCCGUCUCGUGCCUGAUCUGCCUCGAGCGGAUCAAACGCACUGACCCCACCUGGUCCUGCACCUCCUCCUGCUUCGCCGUCUUCCACCUCUUCUGCAUCCAAAACUGGGCUCGCCAGUGCCUUGACGUACACGCCGCGUUGGCAGUGACGCGACCUUCAACAGAAACUGAACCGGUGUGGAACUGUCCGAAAUGUAGAUCGUCGUAUCUUAAAUCAAAGAUCCCAAGUCGAUACCUUUGUUACUGCGGGAAGGAGGAGGAUCCUCCGGCCGAUAACCCCUGGAUCUUGCCGCAUUCUUGCGGCGAGGUUUGCGAGAGGGGGCUGAGUAACAACUGUGGCCACCGCUGCUUGCUAUUGUGUCAUCCUGGUCCUUGUGCCUCUUGUCCUAAGCUCGUUAAAUCCAAAUGCUUCUGCGGCGGCGUUGAAGACGUUCGUAGAUGUGGACACAAGCUCUUCUCCUGCGGAGAGGUUUGUGAUAAGGUCUUGGAUUGUGAGAUCCAUAGCUGUAGAGAGAUUUGCCACGACGGCGAGUGUCCGCCGUGCAGGGAGCGCGCGGUUUAUAGAUGCUGUUGUGGGAAGGUGGAGGAGGAGAAGGAUUGCUGCGAGAGGGUGUUUAGGUGUGAAGGUUCGUGUGAGAGUAAGCUUAACUGUGGGAAACAUGUGUGCGAGAGAGGGUGUCAUGGUGGAGAGUGUGGGUUGUGUCCUUAUCAGGGGAAGAGGAGUUGUCCCUGUGGGAAGAAGUUUUAUCAGGGGUUGUCUUGUGAUGUUGCGGCGCCUUUGUGUGGUGGGACUUGUGAUAAAGUUCUUGGGUGUGGGUAUCAUAGGUGUCCGGAGAGGUGUCACCGUGGUGCGUGUCUUGAGACUUGUAGGAUUGUGGUGACUAAGUCUUGUAGAUGUGGAGGAACGAAGAAACAGGUUCCUUGCCGUCAAGAUGUGGUGUGUGAGAGGAAAUGCCAGAGGAUGAGAGAUUGUGGGAAGCAUCCAUGUAGACGCCGUUGUUGUGAUGGUCAAUGUCCACCAUGCUCUGAGAUUUGUGGAAAAAAACUCAAAUGCAGAAACCAUAAGUGCCAGUCUCCUUGUCACCGAGGCGAAUGUGCUCCUUGUCCAAUAAUGGUGUCGAUAUCAUGUGCUUGUGGUCAGACGCAUUUUGAGGUACCUUGUGGCACUGAAAAUAAUCAGAGACCUCCUAGAUGCCGUAAACUAUGUAAUAUAACCCCAUUGUGCAGGCAUGGACAAAUCCAAAAGCCACAUAAAUGCCACUAUGGUGCUUGUCCUCCAUGUCGACUCCCUUGUGAUGAAGAAUACCCAUGUGGGCAUAAAUGCAAACUAAGGUGUCAUGGUCCUAGACCUCCACCAAACAGAGAAUUUAUCUUAAAACCAACAAAGAAGAUGUUGAAUGUUCAUGUUGAGUCUACACCUGGUUCUCCCUGCCCUCGUUGUCCAGAGCUUGUCUGGAGGCCCUGUGUAGGCCAUCACCUGGCUGCAGAGAGAAUGAUGGUUUGCUCUGACAAGACUCAAUUUGCAUGCGAUAAUCUAUGCGGGAACCCACUUCCAUGUGGGAACCAUUACUGCUCGUUUACAUGUCAUCCCCUGGAAAUAAAAAGUUCAUCAUCGGAUAAAAGAAGUGAGUCCUGUGAAAAGUGUGAACUCCGCUGUCAAAAGGAGAGAUCACCUAAAUGCCAACAUCCCUGUCCUCGACGUUGCCAUCCAGAAGAUUGUCCACCUUGCAAAACUCUAGUAAAGAGAUCAUGUCACUGUGGCGCAAUGGUGCAUGCAUUCGAGUGCAUUGAGUACAAUACAUUGUCUGAGCAGGAACAAUCAAAGGCCCGCUCAUGCCGUGGACCUUGUCACAGAAAAUUGCCAAACUGUACUCAUCUGUGUCCUGAGAUUUGUCAUCCUGGGCAGUGUCCAUCUCCAGAGAAGUGUGGGAAAAAGGUGGUUGUUCGUUGCAAGUGCCUAACUUUGAAGAAAGAAUGGCUAUGCAAAGAUGUUCAAGCAGCUCAUAGAGCCACAGGUUCUGAUCCUAAAGAUGUACAAAAGAAUCACUUUGGAGUCGGCCUCCUCCCAUGCGAUUCCAACUGUAAGAGCAAGCAACAGAUGGCUGAAUCGGUGUUACAACAACGCAAUGUCAAAGAGAUUGAGGAGAAGGAGGAGCCUAGUGGGAAAAAUGCAACAAAGAGAAGGAAGAGGCGUGAACGUGGUCAGGACAUUAAGGAGACCUCAAGGCUGCAGAAACUUACUGUUGCCGCAAAGAAGGUAGUGAUGGUGGUGAUGCUAAUUGCUGUUCUAGUAGCUGUUUCAUACUAUGGUUAUAAGGGAAUCUUGUGGCUUUCGGAUUGGAUGAAUGAAGUUGAAGAACAAAGACAAAAGUCUAGAAGGUACCCGCGUAUCUAAAAUCGUUUUUGAGAGUCUCAAGCUUUGAGCCUGAUACUAUCCAGUUACACCACAGUUAAGCGUGGACACAUUUUAAUCUUUCUUUUUGGUUUAGUCACCUAAAAACCUUUCAAAAGAGAUCAGAGAGACUUUUUGGUUGGUUUUAUUGAUUAUCUUACUCUCUUUUUUUAGCAUUUUGGUAUUUCCAAACAGUAAAACUGCAAUAUAUGUAUUCUGUCUGAACUUAAAAUUUCAUAAAAAUGGUUUACUAUA